AUGUGGAUCCAGGUUCUUGCUACAUCUAGUGGAAAUACCAGAAACAACAAAGAAUUGGAUGAUGAUCCUAGCAGCAGCAGCAGCAGCCAUGAGGGAGAUAAAUCCUAUGGGAAUGAUGAUGAGAACAUGGUUUCAAGCUCUCAAACUUCACCUGGAGCCAAUAUUGCCAGAGAUAAACACCUCAGAUAUCGAACAAGAGUAUUUGCUGCAGAGUGCUUGAGUCAUGUCCCGGAUGCUGUGGGACAGAAUCCUGCUCACUUUGACCUUUCAUUGGCGAGAAGCCAGCCAGCCAAAGACCUGAAAUCUGGUGAUUGGUUAGUCCUCCAGGUGCAAGAGCUCAUAUCUCUUGCUUAUCAGAUAAGCACAAUUCAAUUUGAAAACAUGCGCCCCAUUGGUGUGGGACUUCUAAGUACUAUUCUGGACAAGUUCGGAAAGGUACCUGACCCUGAGCUUCCUGGACAUCUAUUAUUGGAACAGAACCAGGCUCAGCUUGUUUCUGCUGUUCGUACAGCACUGGACACAUCAUCUGGACCAAUUCUUUUGGAAGCAGGUUUACAGCUGGCUUCUAAGAUAUUGACAAGUGGUAUGAUUAGUGGCGAUCAGUUGGCAGUCAAACGGAUAUUUGCAUUAAUUUCACAACCCCUUGAGGACUUUAAAGAUCUUUAUUAUCCAUCAUUUGCUGAAUGGGUUUCAUGUAAGAUCAAGAUAAGACUAUUAACAGCCCAUGCCUCUCUCAAAUGUUAUACAUAUGCAUUCUUGAGGAGACAAAAUAGCAUCCCUGAGGAGUAUCUUGCAUUAUUACCAUUAUUCUCAAAAAAUUCAAAUACAUUGGGCAACUACUGGCUCUCACUCUUGAAGGAUUACAGUUAUGUCUGCUUCCGCACACGCCCCAAUAUUCAUUGGAAACCAUUCCUUGAUGGAAUUCAAUCCUCUCUGGUUGCCAAAAAGUUGAAGCAAUGUUUAGAAGAAUCCUGGCCGUUCAUCUUGCAAGCAGUGUCUCUUGAUGCAGUUCCAGUGGAUGGGGACACAAAUGAAUCUUCCGGAACAUCAGAAAACACAUCCAAAACUGAAUCUUCCGAAAAAACAUCAAAAAAUGUGUUUUUCUCUGGAUACAACAUGGUGGAAUUGAAACAGCAAGACUAUCAGUUUCUAUGGAGCUUCUCUUUACUUGUUCUCUUUCAGGGACAACAUGCCACUCCUGAUAAAACCAUUAUCCCAUUGGAUUAUGUAAAAUCCAACAUUGGCUCUGACUCCAGAUACUUGAUAGCUAUGAAGUUUUAUGAAAUUAUUUUACCAGUUUUCGGGUUCCUGUCUGCUGAAAAGUUCUUCAGGAUGGGAUUUCUUACUAUCGAUAUAUGUCGGGAACUCCUGCAGGUUUUUUCAUACUACAUCUUUAUGGAGGAUAUAUUGGAUAGCCAUGCAAUCUCAGUUCUAUCACAGAUUGUUCAGAACUGCCCUAAGGAUUUUUUCGAAACGGAAGAUUUUGCAUAUCAGGCAGCUGAACUUUGUUUGUCCUUCAUUUUCAAGUUCUUACAAAGUGCUGAUGUAACAUCAUCCAGUCACUCAAACUGGGAGGAUAAAAUAUCUAUGUCUCUUACUUCAGCAAUCAAUCUUUUGACUCGUGUACAACCCAAGAAGCAACUACAAUUAGCAUUGGCAUUUCUCAUCAUUGGAUAUAAGUGUAUUGAAGAAGCAUCAAAUGAUACAUGCUUGUCUAAACCUGUUGAUUAUGUUCAAUCUCUAGUUGCUAUGCUGAAAAAACAUGUUAAUGAAAAAUCUACACUGGAUGAUGAUGAUAUAGUCUAUCUGAGGACCAUAAUUGGAGCUUGUAUGAACAUGAAUAUUUAUCUAACCAACAACUGUAUCAAGAACAUCCAUCAACAGGAGGAGAAGAUGAACAACUCAUCUAAAUUACCACAAAAGAAGCUCACUUUCUCUCUUGAACAAAUUAUUACAUUUGCUAAAUUAACCCACAAAAUCCAACUUAUUACUGAGAAUCCAGACACCAAAGCUGUAUCCUACGCCAUUCUAUGCCAAUGUGCCAAUUCCUUCCACAAGGUUCUCAACGAUCAAUACAUACAGGUUCAGGCAAUUGCCUUGCAAACACUAACCAGUGUAAUACGAGAUUCCAAUUCCGAAAGCAACAACACGUUUCUAGUGUUCUUCAUUGGCGAGCUUCUUAAUGAUAUUUUCUGGACUAUCAAACAAGCUUUAAAGAAACCUGUUACAAGGGAAGGAAUGAGUGUUGCUGGAGACUGUUUAAAAGUGUUGAUGCUUUUGCAUACUUCCUCUAAAGCUCCGGAAUCUCAAACAAGUCUAAUGAGCCUCCUUCUUGAAGCAAUUGUCAUGGUCUUAUUAGCUUCAGAGAACGAUUUCUCUCAGGAAGUGAAAGAACUAAAAACUGCAUCCAUGAGACUCGUUUCUCAACUUGCCCAAAGUCAAACUUCUGCAGUCUAUUUCAAAGACGCGUUAUUAUCAAUGCCUUUUACACGGCGCCAGAAACUUCAGGAUAUAAUUCGUGCUUCAGUAACACAAGAUCAGAGUCCAUCAACUCCGAGUAAAGCUACAUCGAUCCCUCCCUUGAUUAUCAAAAUGCCAUCACAAAUUGAAGAAACCAAACGCCAAAUUCCAACUCCAUUAGCCUCCACAAAAAUCCAAGAAGAGGAAGAAGAAGAAGAUGAUGAUGAUGAUGAUUGGGACAAUUUCCAGUCUUUUCCUGCCUCCACAAACGAACCUAAAUCCACACUACAUUCAGAGGAACCUAAAUCUACAGUGAAUUUAGAGGAAGCUAAAGCUACAGUAGAUUCAGAGGAACCUAAAUCUAUAGUACAUUUAGAGUCAUCUAAAUCUACAGUAGAUUCAGAUGAGCAAGAAAACACAAGUGUGAGUGUUAAGGGUGAAGAUGUGGUGGAGGAAAGCCGUGAUUUUGAAGAAUUUCUUAAUGAGAAUGAAGGUGGUGGAGGUGAUGAGGGAGAGGAAGAUGAUAAUGAUGAGGAGGAAUAUGAAGAUGAAGACGAUUAUGAUGACGAAGAAGAAGAAGAAGAAGAAGAAGAGGAGGAGGUGGAGAUGGAUCCAGAGGUGAUGGCUCAAAGAAUUGAAAACCUAUUCGCUGUGGAUCCAGAAAGCUCAAAAUCAUCAUCAUCAUCAUCAUCAUCUUCUUCUUCUGAAUCUAACAAUGAAGAAGAAGAAGAAAAAAGCUCGACUCAUGCUGAUGCUUUACAGAACAAUGAGCAUUUACAACAUCAAGACUUGUCUGGUGUGGAGGCGGAGGUGGUGGCUGGAGAUGACGAAAGCCCCCUGCCGCCUGUUGAUCGGGAGUAACUUGAUCCUUGAAACAGGUGUGUAUUUGUUGAUAGGGAUAUAGAGGUUAUAAUAUAGGUUAUGUGUGGCUUUGAUUGAUAUGCUUUCAUUUCAUAUUUUCUUAUUUUUGCUGAUUUAUGUGUUCUA